UUCUGUAUGUCAACGGAGACUGCUGUAGGUCCAACUCUUUCAGAAAAACAUUCAAAGAGUGGAAGGACAUGGAGGUCAGGUUGGACAUGUCGGAGUUCAUGCGACGGAUUGCUGCGGGGCUGCACAUCAGAGUCCCAUCAGAUAUAUGCGACCUUCAUGGACAGUCUCAGCCACUGUAUUUUCAAAUGGGAUGAGGAGGACCUGAAGCAGCUGAAGGAGGCGAAGCAUACCGAGCUCAGUUCCGAGAUCAUCCAGCCUUCUGAUGAUGAACUAAUACAUCACCUCAGCAGAAAUGAGUUGGCCCUCCACUGUAGACGAACCACAUGUGGCGCGAGGGAGAUCGAAGAACUCAUUGCAGCGCUCAUUCGGCUCUAUGAUGGGGAGGUGGGAUGGGACUCAUCAGGAGUGCCGCUCUUCAGUUACAAUACGAUGGCUGAGGUAUGGGAUUCCCAGAAGAAACAUUUACCGUGUAUAGUGGAUCCUCUUGGUGUACAACUGUAUGAGCAGACUGGGACACUGGUGAAGGGAGGCCACCUUCUGCCAAACUACAAAUGUGUCAGAGGUUCCACCUCCAUUGAAUCCUUCCACCAGCAUCUGAACCAGCUCAUUCCAGGGGUGCCGACUUGUUCUACAUUACUACAAAUUGAUUGUUGGAUGGAUUGGUCAGGUGGAAUGAAGCGACUGCUACAGCCUCAGAGGGCCUGCAGACACCUCAGACUUGCAUGGGGGUUCUUCAGCAAGCUGUCAACCAGCUCAGAGAGGAAGUGCUUAAAAAGAACAUUGUGUCUACUAUCAGUACAAGUAAAUACACAG